CUCUUUUUUUUUCGUAUUUGUUCAUAUUUAUAUUUUUAUUGUAACUAGAUCAUUUCUUAGAAACAAACUAGAUAAUCAUUUCUAACACAAAAUGCACUGUCCUUUAUGACCUAUGGAUUUUAUUGUGGCAGCUCUGUGAUCUUAUUUUGCAUAGAUCUUUGUGUUGCAAACUAGUUACUAUAUUCCCUUUUAACCAUCCAUGUUGCAUUAGAAGCACAUGUAAUGAACUAAAGAUCCCAGGAAGCAUUGAACUUCCUAUUGCUUCUGUCAGACAUUUUUUUUGUAGACUGCUGGAAGUCAUACUUCCAUGUGUGUGUGUUAUAUCUGACUAAUUGGUUCCUGUUUGCACAGUAACUACUUUAUAAAAAAACUAAAGGGCAGCAAGUAGGAUUUGAGGGAAAAUCAAAAUAUGAAAAGUGAAAUAUUUAUUAUCGUGAAUUAGCAGGUUUGGGUGGGAAGAUAUAUUUUCUAAAUAUAUUGACGAAUUCCUUAACUUACAAUAUUCCAGUCACCUUCUAAAAUUAGGUUUUCUUCCGUCCAUUUGGGAUGCACAGAUGGGUUGUGUGUGUCCAUUUGUUAUGCAUGCACGCCUAGGGCCUUCCAUGUGCAAAAUGAUUAUUGCAUUUAUUCUUUUGGAAGCUACGACUGGUUGAGGUGUUGCUGUGGGCCCAGUAAGUGGUUUGUUCAAGUGUAGCUCAACCCUUGCUGGACCUAAGUACUUGUCGCCGAACUCAUGGCAUGCAUGGCAAAAAAUACAAGGCUUUCUUACUGCAAAGUUGUGGAAGCAAUCGCUGAAACAACUGCACCUUUAACUCCCUAUAGAAGAGCUUCUUGCCAAGAUGCCUUCAAAAAGGGAGCUACCUCCUGAACCUCCCAUUCCUGCUCCUAAACCUGAGGAUGUUGCUCAAUCAGAAGCUUCAAAGCCAAGGCCACUUUCCCCUUACUCUAUGUAUGAUGAUUUGAAGCCACCAACAUCCCCCACUCCAACACCAAGCAGUUCUCUUGAUCUUCAAGAGAAGGAACAAGCAAAAUUCACACCUCAAAAACACCAACCUCUUUCUCCUUACACUGUAUACGAAGAUUUGAAACCGCCGAAAUCUCCUACACCAACUCCUAGCACUGCUUCAAGUCUGAAGGACAUUAACGUAGAUGGUGUCGUGUCAUUAGGAUUGAACUCUGGCAAAGGUUCUGUUAGUGGUGCAAACUGCAAAGAACUAGCAGCAAAGCCUGACGUAGAUGGAUUCCUCGUCUGUGGAGCUUCUCUGAAGCCGGAGUUCAUCGACAUCAUCAAAUCCGCGACCGUGAAAUCAUCUACCUAGAGUGCCACUCUUAAUAUUCAUUAUAUGAAUUUCCAGGGAAGAAACCCUAUUUUCGGUGAUCAAAAUAAUCUAAUUAAAAUUUUUGUUCUACAAAUGUUAUCAGCCUAGAUCUUGUUUGUUCCUAGCAACAAGGCUGCAAUACUGAAUUUUAAUGUUGCAUGUGGAAUGGAGUUUUAAUGUUGUUUUGAUACAAGUGUUUGUAUAGUUA